AUGAAGGUGUGCUUUUUCUUCGUCAUUACUUUAAUCAUCUGCCAAUAUUUUAUCAGUCAAAUUAGUGUUGAUGCACGUCCAGCAGAAUUAAAACGAUUCUCUUGGUCCUUUCCAAUUCAUGAAGAUCAAGAAGAUAAUACAUACAAAGAAUUAGUUAAACGAAAAGGCGUUGGUUGGGGUAAACGUAGUGAUUCAAUGCUUGGUGAUCAUCCUUAUGCUGUACAUGAGAAUUCUGCUCGUACAUGGUUUGAAGAUAAAUGA